AUGUCUCCAUUCAUUCAAAGUUUGUUCUGCCUAGCAACAGCGGUGUCCUACACCCGGGCUGCUGUACUUUCUUCCAGCAAAAUUGCAACAGUGUCAGUCAACGCAAAUGUCAAGUUUCAAGAGCUUGAUGGGUUCGGCGUAUCGCAAGCCUUCCAACGUGCCGGAGACAUCUACGGCAAGGAAGGUCUCUCUAGCAAGAAUACCGAACAUGUGCUGGAUCUUCUUUUUAGUGUCGACAAGGGCGCUGGGUUUGCAAUUCUGCGCAAUGGCAUCGGUUCCAGUAACAGUUCAACAAGCAACUUCAUGAACUCCAUCGAACCCUUCACACCCGGAUUACCGAACGCACGUCCGCACUAUGUUUGGGACCGCAAUGACAGUAGCCAGUUUCCGCUAGCCCAAGAAGCAUAUGACCGGGGUCUUGUCAGUCUUUACGGCAACGCGUGGUCUGCACCUGGAUAUAUGAAAACGAACGGAGACGAAAACAAUGGCGGAUACUUGUGUGGAGUGACCAAUACUUCUUGUGCAUCAGGAAACUGGAUGCAGGCAUACGCAGACUACCUAGUCCAGUGGGCACGCUUUUACAAGCAGUCUGGCAUCAAGGUGACCAACAUCGGUUUCUUGAAUGAGCCUGGAUUUGCCGCGUCGUAUGCUGGCAUGCUAUCCGAUGGGACGCAGGCUGCAGAAUUUAUUCGUGUUCUUGCCAAGACAAUUAAAACUUCUGGUAUGGAUCUCGCCAUCAAUUGCUGUGAUGAUAUGGGAUGGGAAGGCCAAGAAAAUAUGAUGGCAGCGCUUCAGGCGGGUCCUGAUCCCGCAGAGGCAUAUUUGAGUGUUAUCACAGGCCAUGGAUACGAGUCGGUCCCAGAUUUUCCCCUCUCAACAAAGAAGAAGACUUGGGUGACGGAAUGGGCUGAUUUGUCGGGCGGUUUUACCCCUUAUACGUUCUUUAAGAACGGUACAUCCGGAGAGGGCAUGACAUGGGCGCGCAAUAUUCAAGUUGCGCUUGUGGAUGCAAAUGUUAGCGGUUUUCUUUACUGGAUUGGGGCUGAGAGUUCAACUACAGACAGUGGUCUCAUCAAUCUGAUCGGAGACGAGGUCAUUCCCAGCAAGCGUUUCUGGGCUUUCGCGCAGUUCAGUCGCUUUGCUCGACCAGGAGCACACCGUGUAGAGGCUACAAGCUCUGCUCCUUUACUCUAUGUUAGCUCAUUCCUUAAUCGUGAUGGCAGUCUUGCCACUCAGGUUAUCAAUAACGGAACUGAAGCGUAUUAUGUUAGCCUGAAGGUCGACACGUCGGGGCGGAUUCACAAAGUUCAGCCAUGGGUGACGGACAAUGAGCAUGACUUAACGGCAUUAAAGCCUAUUGAUAUCGCUAAGGAUGGUACUUUCAAGUCUAUUGUUCCUGAGCAUUCUAUGAUGACGUUCGUGUCUUCUUGA